GUGAAUCCUUACAGUUUCGACAUGUAUUUUUCCUCUUUAUUAGAAAAAUUUGUCGUAGUUUACUGUGUUUAUUAGAUUUUACAAAUUGUAUACAAUUGUCAACUUUGUAUUUGUUCUAUAAGUUCACGCGUUAAAACAUAUAACGAAUUAAUACAAUGGAGCUUGGAAUUUUCGAAUUAUUAAUAUCAAUAGGAAUUAUCUUUUUGGGUCUCUAUUAUUAUACGUAUUCAAAAUUUGAUUAUUGGAUAAAAAGAAAAAUAGAAGGCCCGAAACCAAUACCAUUUUUCGGAAAUUUUAAAGACGUAAUACUUGGAAAAAAACAUGAUGCUAUGCUUAUUCAAGAAUUUUACGAACAAUUUAAAAAUGAACCUCUCGUUGGGAUUUAUUCGCUAAGCAGUCCAAAACUGAUUGUAAAAGACCUUGAUUUGAUAAAGGACGUAUUAAUAAAAGACUUCAAUGUGUUUGCUGAUAGAGGAAUCAAAAUUCAUGAAAAGGUGGAACCAUUUAGUUUACAUAUUUUUAAUUUAGAAUAUAAACGUUGGAAACCAGUAAGAGCAAAAUUGACACCAAUCUUCACUUCUGGCAAACUCAGAGAUAUGUUUUACUUAAUCGCUGAUUGUGGUACACAUUUUCAAAAUUACGUGGAACGUUUGGCUGAAAAAAGUGAUGCGGUCGAUUGUCGUGAAUUGACAGCUAAGUUUACGACUGACUCCAUAGGUGUUUGUGCUUUUGGGUUGAAUAUGAAUUCUAUUGCCGAAGAAGACAGUGAAUUUCGUAAAUUUGGUAGGAGUCUAUUUGAACCUUCUUUCAGAAAUAAAGCAAAACGCUUACUGAGACAGUUUGCGCCUGCAAUCUACGAUGUAAUCGGAAGAUACAUGCAGCCAGCCGCUGAUAAGUUUUUCGAAAAAUGUGUCAAAGAAACUAUGACCUUUAGAAAAGACAAUAAUGUAAGAAGGAAUGAUUUCCUUGAUCUACUUAUAGAUUUGAAAAAUAAUCCUGAAAAAAUUCAAACAUUUGAAUUAACAGACCAGCUACUCAUUUCUCAAGCUUUUGUAUUUUUUGCUGCUGGGUUUGAAACUUCGUCGACCACAAUGGCCAAUGCAUUACAUGAAUUGGCCCUUAAUCAAGAUAUACAAGAUAAACUACGAAAAGAAAUAAAUGAAGAACUUGAGAAGUGUAAUGGAAAAUUGACGUAUGAUAGCGUAAAAAAUAUGAGAUAUUUAGAUCAAAUUAUCAAAGAAACAUUGAGAAAAUAUCCACCCGUUACAAUGUUAGUGAGAAAAACAUUAACAUCUUACACAUUUAAUGACACGAAAUGUACGAUACCUAAAAAUAUGUCAGUUUUUAUACCAAUAUGGUCAAUUCAUAGAGACCCCGAAAUUUAUCGCAAUCCGGAAGUAUACGAUCCAGAGAGGUUUAGUGAAGAAAAUGAAAAAUCAAGGCACCCUAUGACUUUUCUACCAUUCGGAGAUGGUCCGCAUAAUUGCAUAGGUUCCCGUUUUGCUAAUUAUCAAUCCAAGGUUGGAAUUAUUUCCGUUAUUCAGAAAUAUAAAGUUGAAAUUUGCGACAAAACUUGUAAAGACUAUCGACUGAUUCCACAAGCCAUUAUUGCUAUGCCUAAAGGUGGUCUGCACGUCAAGUUAACAAAAGUAUGAGUUGAAGCUUUAGUAUUUUUCUCUUUCAAGAGUGACUGAAGAGGUUAAAAAUUAUUAUCGUCUUUUAUGUGUAAAUUGUUUAUAUUAGAUAGAAAGUAUGCUUUUAUUUAUUUUCUGAUGCGUAUUUUAUUUAAAAAUGUUAUUUUAUCAUCACUGCCAUAAAUCAGGUUUCUAAUGAAAAAUACUUUCUUUCUUGUGAAUCACAAAAAUAUGUUUCAUUAUUUCCGAUUGAUUUUUUAGUUAUAUUUUAUAUUUAUUGAGCAGUCUUUUUGAUUUUUUUAUUAUAUAUGUAAUUGGCUCUUUAUGAUGUUAAAAUCUUGUGAUAUUUUCAAAAUAUUUAAUAAGGAGAUGUAAAUAAUCAUAUUGUUUUAAUGUUUGAAAGAAUAAAUUGUAACCAUUUACUUUUUUCAAAGUACCACGUGUAUGUUUGAUUUUGAAACAAUUUGUCAUAAAUUAAUCUUUAAAUUAGCAUUAUAUCGAUAACGACACUUAAAUGUUUUGUAUAGAUUCAGGCAAAUAAUUUUUUAUUUUUCAUGUGUAAUAUUUUAUGAGAUUUUUUAAAUAACUGCAUGAUACGAAUGCUGGAAGUGAAAGUAGUAACAAAAUCCUGUGAAAUGUAAAAUAUUUAUUUAAGAGAUAUGAUAAUGAUGUACCAUAUUUAUACUUCAAUAUGUACAUAGAAUCAGUUAUAAUAAGGUAUUGUUAAACAAUUAUUUAAUAUAGUUAUAUAUAGUUUUUCUAUACUCCAUAUUUUCAUGUUUUUGUACUAGCAAAAAAAUUAGUUUACAGUUAAUUGAAUGUGCGUCAUUGAGUAAAAAUAAAUGUGAAAUUUUAUUUUUAACCGAGUUGCUCUUAUGAAUCGUGAAUAAAAAGUCCAGUGUCAAGUUCCGCGUUAAUAAAAAUAGUAGCAAUUAUUAUAAAAGACAGAACUGCAUUGUAAAAAGAAAAAAAUGUAUGAACACAGAAGUGUCCAGUACAACAUUCGUGUGGUCGACCAUGCGUGUAUUGUACAUUUCAGUAAGUAGUGUAAAUAAAUAAGCGCACAAACAUCCUGGCAGGGGCAUAAUAACGCACAUACGUGAUACCUAUAUUUUUCUUUUAAUCAUAAAUAUCACGGAAAUUCUUAUUAUUUAUUUAAGAAUACGAAAACUUUUAAAUUUAUUUAUUUUUAAUAUAUAAAACGAUGUACUAUGAAGAAUAAAAGGAUACUAGUCU